GCAACUAGGGAGGGGGAGCCACAGGGCAGGGACGGGUGCCAGAGAGAGGGUCUUGUAUCCAGGCACGGCCCCAGACUCCCCUGCCAACCAAGGUCCCCGCCCCGGAGAGGUCAGCAGGGCACCCCGGCUUCCAAAGCCAAAGAAGUGCAGGUGUCCCAGGCCACCGCUGUGGCCAGGCCUGCAGGACUCUGCCGCUGGGGACGCUGGGCUCACGGGCUGCACCCAGCCGGCUCUCUCCAGGCCCUGGCAUCUGUCACAGGGUCAGCAGGGCCUGGGCCCCAGGGGAGCCGGCUGCUGAUGCAGCAGCCUUGCAGAGAGAAAGGCUCAGGGGUGCACAGGAGAGCCCGCGAAGAGGUUCAGGGUGCCGGGCUGGCCUUGCCUCACGCACACGAGGCUGCUCAGGCUUCUGCCAGCUUUGGCAACUCGCGUCCCGGAGAAACCACUCACGAGAGACGUUCUAGGCUCUGGGGGAAGUAGGGCAGGGGCGCCGGGCGCCUCUGAUUGGUCCGGCACAAGGUGGCAAAGGCAGGUGAGGGCGUGUGGAGGGGAGCGGGCUUCCCGGGGGUGCUUCCUAGAACACUUCCGCCUCUCCAGGUAUCUGACCAGACUGGCUUUUCUGGAUCCCUAAGCUUAGGGCAGUGCCCACGUCACUGGGUGAGGAUGACAGAAUUUAGGGCAGAGGCCCUGGGGAGCAUGAGGCUUCGAGAGAGACAGACUCACGAACACCCACGUGGCAGAACACACCCGCCCCAGGUUCCCACAGGUCAACACUUCUCAGAUGCGCACUUCCCAGGCGCCAGGACCCGGGGGGCCCACGUCAACAAUGGCAGUCACCAGCAAGGGCACCUGGGAGGCGGCCUCUGCUCCAGCCCGAGGUUGCCUGAGCUGGGAGGCGGUGACGGCUCUCCCAACCAUCCUCAUCCCCCAGAUGUCUGGCUCCGUGGGAAUGCAAUGGGGACAGCCCAGUCCCCGACCCCAGGCCCUGCCUGGACACAUCUGCUUCUUUAGGGCUGAAUCAGGCAAGGCUUUAACUUAGGAUUGGGCCCAGACUUCUGGUCCCUGCUGGGGCUUCUUCAGGGCUGGGCACACUUCCACGAGGUCUCCCCGCCCAGAGGGGCUGGAGGUCAGGGGUAAAGGGCCCUUCUUCCCCUCUCCUUGCAGAUCCACACGCCAGGGCUCUUAUCCCUUCCCCAAGACCCUGGUGGGCUGAGCCAGAUCCCAGACGCCCAGGUAUCAGGCUGGCUACUCGCUGCCAGCAGCAAGGGCAGGAGGGCCCUUCACAAGCCCCUGCUGUGUGCCACACCCGGGGACUGCCUCGGCGCGGCUCCCCAACCCCCCACACGCACAGAGCAUGAGCUCACACGCAUGCGCCACCACGCCUGUCCCGGGUCCUGUCUGCCCAGGGCCAGCUUCUAGGUCAGGCCCGCGCAUGACUUCCGGGGAGAACCAGUGGCAGGUGCCGUAGGCUGGGUCCAGCUGAGUAGCUUGGGGUGUGCGGCAGCCAUGGCUUGGGGGGUAUGGGGCAGGGCUCGGGGGGGCCCCGUGGGGGCCCUAACCCUGACAGCUCUGGCUGAAGAGAUCCGGGCCAACCAGGGGCAGCCCCCAGGACCCUCUUCCACUGACCCUCAGCCUGAACCUGAGCUUGAACCUGAGGCGGAGCCUACGGGUGUCACUGCCAUCCCCACAGCCCGCCCUGUGCCCUGCUCUCUGCCCGGGGUGCAAGAGCCAGCCCCCAAGGGGCUCUAUCAGGACCCCCCAAGUUCCUGGGAGGAGGGGGCCCUGGCUGACCUGGCAUUGUAUGCGGCUGCCUGCCUGGAAGAGGCUGGCUUUGCGGGGACCCAGGCAACAGCCCUCACACUGUCCUCAGCCCUGGAGGCCCGGGGGGAGCGUCUGGAGGAGCAGGUGUAUGCCCUGGUGCGCGGGCUGCUGGCACAGGUGCCCAGCCUGGCCGAGGGGAGGCCCCGGCAGGCGGCCCUCCGGGUACUGAGUGCGCUGGCCCUGGAGCAUGCUCGGGAGGUGGUGUGUGCGCUGUUGCCCAGCUCGCUGCCCCCGGACCGGGUGGCUGCUGAGCUGUGGCGCAGCCUGAGCCGAAACCAGCGCGUGAAUGGGCAGGUGCUGGUACAGCUGCUGUGGGCACUGAAGGGCGGAGCCGGGCCCGAGCCCGAGGCACUGGCGGCCACUCGUGCCCUUGGGGAGAUGCUGGCUGUGUCCGGCUGCGUAGGCGCCACUCGGGGCUUCUACCCACACCUCCUGCUCGUGCUGGUCACACAGCUGCACCAGCUGGCGCGGCGCGCGUCCUCCCCUGACACCCCCAAAGCUUGGACCCCAUCGCACCGAGGGCCGCCACACAGCCACGCCAGCUGCGCUGUGGAGGCCCUGAAGGCCUUGCUCACCGGGGACGGCGGCCGCAUGGUGGUCACGUGCAUGGAACAGGCUGGAGGCUGGAGGAGGCUGGUGGGAGCCCACACCCACCUCGAAGGCGUCCUGCUGCUGGCCAGUGCCAUGGUGGCCCACGCGGACCACCACCUGCGAGGCCUGUUCGGGAACUUGUUGCCCCGGCUGCGCAGCGCCGACGACACGCGGCGCCUCACGGCUAUGGCCUUCUUCACCGGGCUGCUGCAGAGUCGGCCCACGGCAGGGCUUCUGCGGGAAGAGGUCAUCCUGGAGCGGCUCCGCGCCUGGCAGGGCGACCCCGAGCCCACGGUGCGCUGGCUGGGCCUGCUCGGCCUAGGCCACCUGGCACUGAGCCGCGGGAAGGUGCGGCACGUGAGCAAGCUGCUGCCCGCGCUACUGGGCGCGCUGGGCGAGGGCGACGCGCGCCUCGUGGACGCCGCGCUGGGCGCGCUGCGGCGGCUCCUGCUGCGGCCUCGGGCGCCCGUGCGGCUGCUGAGCGCCGAGCUGGGGCCGCGCCUCCCGCCGCUGCUGGACGACGCCCGGGACUCGGUCCGCGCCUCGGCUGUUGGACUUCUCGGGACGCUGGUGCGGCGGGGCCGGGGCGGGCUCCAGCUGGGGCUCCGCGGCCCCCUGCGGAAGCUGGUGCUGCAGAGCCUCGUGCCGCUGCUCUUGCGCCUGCAAGAUCCCAGCAGGGACGCCGCUGAGAGUUCAGAGUGGACCCUGGCCCGCUGUGAUCACGCCCUCCGUUGGGGCCUGCUGGAGGAGAUGGUCACCGUGGCCCACUACGACAGCCCUGAGGCCCUAAGCCGCAUCUGCCACUGCCUGGUUCAGCAGUACCCGAGUCACAUCCCCAGCUUCCUGAGCCAGACCCAGGGCUACCUGCGGAGCCCGCAGGACCCCUUGCGCUGGGCAGCCGCUGUGCUCCUAGGCUUCCUCGUCCAUCACACAAGCCCCAGCCGGGUCAACCAGGACCUGCUGGACUCCCUGUUCCAGGAGCUGGGGCAGCUGCAGAAUGAUCCAGAGCCAGCCGUCGUCGCCGCGGCUCAGGUGUCCGCCCAACAGGUGGCGCUGCUGGCCCGCGCACAGCCGGGGCCGCGCCUCCCGCGUCUCCUCCGCCUGGGCCUCUGGCGCCGCACGGGUCCCCACCGACCCCCACCAGUCUACGCGAGCAGUCCAUUCCAGCCCCGGAGCGUCGUGGGCCGCUGGGGCUGCUUGGGAUCCGGCUGUGCCUGACCCCAAGCCAGCCCGCAGGGUACCUGGGUCUGAGGCAGGCACCGCACUGCUCUGUGGCUCGUCCUG